UAGGGGCUGGCUAGUCGCCAUCUUGCUUCUUUUUCUCGCUUGCUCUCACCCUUUCGAAAAGCAGAGAAAGUGCUUUGGCGGUUUGUCCAUCCGCUGCUUCGGCUUUCCCAUUCCGGUGGCUUUUCUAGCCAUCCUCUAAUCUCUACUUCCCCUUCCCCUCAUCAGAUCUCAGUGGAACUCUCGAAGUACGCAAGCUGGACACCCUGGCGGACUGGUUUUGAGCAGUGUGGCAGGAGGUUUUGGACUCGAUGAGUUUCCACCGAAAUGUCGGAGAAGUCAGGCCAGAGCACAAAAGCAAAGGAUGGGAAAAAGUAUGCAACACUCAGUUUAUUUAAUACUUACAAGGGAAAAUCACUGGAAACUCAGAAAACUACAGUUGCAGCUCGACAUGGGUUACAAAGUCUUGGAAAAGUUGGUAUUUCAAGGCGCAUGCCUCCACCUGCUAACCUCCCAAGUCUCAAAGCAGAAAACAAAGGCAAUGAUCCAAAUGUGAACAUUGUACCUAAAGAUGGCACAGGAUGGGCAUCUAAACAAGAGCAGCAUGAAGAAGAGAAAGCACCAGAAGUGUCACCAGCACAGCCAAAACCUGGGGUUGCACCUCCCCCAGAAAUAGCACCUGCUCCUAAAUCAUGGGCCAGUAACAAGCAAGGUGGGCAAGGAGAUGGAAUCCAGGUGAAUAGUCAAUUUCAGCAGGAAUUUCCCAGCUUGCAGGCAGCAGGGGAUCAGGAGAAAAAAGAAAAGGAAGCAAAUGAUGACAACUACGGACCUGGACCCAGUUUACGUCCACCAAAUGUUGCUUGUUGGAGAGAUGGUGGUAAAUCUGCUGGCCCAUCUUCCUCAUCAGAUCAAGAUGAAAAGCUUGUUCAGGAUGAAAACACAGCUGUAACAUCAGAACAAAGUGACAUCCUUAAAGUGGUGGAAAAGAGGAUAGCUUGUGGUCCUCCACAGGCUAAACUGAAUGGACAGCAACCUACUCUUGCUUCCCAGUAUAGAGCUAUGAUGCCACCUUAUAUGUUUCAGCAGUAUCCACGGAUGGCAUAUCCUCCUCUACAUGGUCCAGUGAGGUUCCCGCCUUCUUUAUCUGAAACAAACAAAGGCCUUCGAGGAAGAGGCCCUCCUCCUUCCUGGGCCUCUGAGCCCGAACGCCCGUCCAUUCUCAGUGCGUCAGAACUGAAGGAACUUGAUAAAUUUGAUAACCUAGAUGCUGAAGCUGAUGAAGGUUGGGCAGGUGCCCAGAUGGAAGUAGAUUAUACAGAACAGCUUAAUUUCAGUGAUGAUGAUGAACAAGGAAGUAGUAGUCCUAAAGAGAAUAACAGUGAGGAUCAAAGUACAAAAGCUUCUGAAAACACUGAAAACCGAAAAGAGGUUGAUGAAGUUAGCAACACAAAAUCAUCUUCCCAGACACCUGCUCAACCACCAGUAGCAAAAGGUCCCUAUGGGAAAGGCCCUCCAUUCAAUCAGGAACGUGGACCAUCUUCACACUUGCCACCACCACCAAAGUUGCUUGCACAGCAGCAUCCACCUCCAGAUCGACAGGGAAUAACUGGGAGAUCAGGCCCUUUCCCUCCCAAGCAGCAAGUUCCUGAUGAUGAUGAAAUAUGGAAGCAAAGACGAAGACAACAAUCUGAAAUUUCUGCUGCGGUGGAACGUGCUCGUAAACGUCGUGAAGAGGAAGAGCGAAGAAUGGAGGAGCAGAGAAAGGCAGCUUGUGCAGAGAAACUGAAGCGGUUGGAUGAGAAGCUUGGCAUUGUGGAAAAACAGCCAUCACCAGAGGAAAUUAGGGAGAGAGAGAGGGGAAAAGAACAAGAGCGUGAGAAAGAACUGGAAAAGGAACAAGAACAAGAGCGAGAGAAGGAGAGGGAAAGAGAGAGGCAGCAGGAAAAGGAAAAAGAGCUGGUGAAGGAGCAGGAAAAACAAAGAGAAAUGGAAAAGGAAAGAAAGCAAGAAAAAGAGAAAGAGUUAGAACAACAGAGGGAAAAGGAAAAACAACUACAGAAUAUGAAAGAACAGGAAAAAGAAUAUGAUUUGAAGAAGGAAAGGGAGAAAGUGGAGGAAAAAAUGGAACCCAAAGAACCUAUUUUAGAGGCUGUGGCAGAAAAACAAGAGAGUGAAAAAAGCUGCAGUAAAGAAGAGGAGCCAGUUUUCACUAGACAAGAUAGUAAUCGUAGUGAAAAGGAGACUACUCAAGUGAUGCAUGAAUCAGAACCAGAAUCCGGAUCACAACCUCGACCUGCUGUACUAUCUGGCUACUUCAAACAGUUUCAGAAGUCAUUACCACCCCGAUUCCAGCGACAGCAGGAACAGAUGAAACAGCAGCAGUGGCAGCAGCAGCAACAGCAGCAGCAAGGUGUACUUCCACAGACUGUCCCUUCACAGCCAUCUGGUAGUACUGUCCCUCCUCCACCACACAGACCACUUUACCAGCCCAUGCAACCUCACCCUCAACAUUUGGCUUCCAUGGGUUUUGACCCAAGGUGGCUAAUGAUGCAGUCCUACAUGGAUCCUCGAAUGAUGUCCGGAAGACCGGCUAUGGAUAUGCCACCCAUUCAUCCUGGAAUGAUUCCUCCUAAACCAUUAAUGAGAAGAGACCAGAUGGAAGGAUCACCAAACAAUUCUGAAUCAUUUGAGCAUAUAGCUCGAUCUGCUAGAGAUCAUGCAGUUUCUCUUCCUGAGCCCCGUAUGAUGUGGGGGUCAGAUCCAUAUCCUCAUGCGGAACCUCAGCCGACAGCUGAACCUAAGACAAACGAAGAAUCUGAUGAUGUGAGGCCUGAAGUUGCUUUGGACCAGGAACAGAUUACUGCUGCUUAUUCUGUAGAACACAGUCAGUUGGAGACACAUCCAAAAGCUGACUUCGUUAGAGAAUCAAGUGAGACAGAAGCACCAAAAUUUUUAAGCAGACCCGUGGAAGACAUUAAACCUCAUACUGAUACAAAUAAACAAUCUGCUUGUUUUGAAGUACCUGAUCAAAAGACCUUACCCAGUACUCCAGAAGAGCAGAUUUCAACCCUAGAAAGUCAGCCCACCCCCAAAAGAAGUGUUUCUCAUGGCUCUAACCUUUCUCACAAAUCAGAGGAACAAAGAAGUGAGCCAUCUGUAAUCCUUCCUAAAGUUACUAGCAGGUGCAUUGAUUCAAAAGAACCAGCAGAAAGGCCAGAGGAAAAGCCAAGAAAAGAUAGCUUUAUACGAUCUUCUGAAGGACCAAAACCUGAAAAGGUAUAUAAAUCUAAAUCAGAAACCCGUUGGGGCCCAAGGCCAAGCUCCAACAGAAGGGAAGACAGUAAUGAUAGACCUGUGAGAAGAUCGGGUCCCAUUAAAAAACCUGUACUUAGAGACAUGAAAGAGGAACGAGAGCAAAGGAAAGAGAAAGAAGGAGAAAAAGUUGAAAAGGCUACCGAAAAGGCAGUAAAACCAGAAAAGACAGAAAAGAAGGAUCUUGUUUCUCCUCCAUCACCACCUGUAGCACCAGUUCAGCCACCAUCACUUCCAACACCAGUACAACCAGAAUCAGAGAAAUUUCCUUCAACAGAAACUUCAACUUUGGCUCAAAAGCCGUCUCAAGAUACUGAGAAGCCUUUGGAACCUGUAAGUAGUGUUCAGGUGGAGCCUGCAGUCAAAACUGUGACCCAGCAAACUGCUGCAUCUCCUGCAGUCAAAGAAGAAAAACAGCCAGAGAAAGCCAUUAGCAAAGAUGUUGGCAUAGAGAGAACUCGACCAGAUUCAAGACCAGCAGUUAAAAAAGAGUCAACUUUACCCCCCAGGACCUACUGGAAAGAAGCUAGAGAUAGAGAUUGGUUUCCAGAUCAAGGAUACAGAGGUCGAGGCCGAGGUGAAUAUUACUCCAGAGGACGCAGCUAUAGAGGCUCUUACGGAGGGCGUGGUAGGGGUGGAAGAGGACACACUCGAGAUUAUCCCCAGUAUAGAGACAAUAAGCCAAGAACAGAGCAUGUGCCCUCGGGUCCUCUCAGACAACGAGAAGAAAGUGAAACGCGAAGUGAAAGUUCUGAUUUUGAAAUUGUACCCAAAAGGCGACGACAGCGAGGUUCAGAGACUGAUACCGACAGUGAAAUUCAUGAAAGUGCAAGUGACAAGGACAGUUUAACCAAAAGCAAACUUUCCAAAAGAGAUGAUCGGUCUGAAAACAAAAAACCUCUAAAGCCUCAGCCUUCUUUCAAGCCUGAAAAUCAUGUUCGAGUGGAUAAUAGGCCACUUGAAAAGCCUUACAUAAGGGAUGAUGAUAAAUCUAAACCAGGCUUCCUUCCUAAAGGAGAGCCUACAAGGCGAGGCAGAGGAGGAACAUUCAGGCGAGGCGGGAGGGAUCCAGGAGGCCGUCCAUCACGCCCUGCCACUCUGCGCAGACCUACUUACCGGGACAAUCAGUGGAACCCAAGGCAAACUGAAGCUCCUAAGCCAGAAGAUGGAGAGCCACCAAGAAGACAUGAACAGUUUAUUCCUAUGCCAGCAGAUAAACGACCCCCAAAAUUUGAACGAAAAUUUGACCCAGCCAGAGAGAGGCCCCGAAGGCAGCGUCCCACCCGGCCACCAAGGCAAGAUAAGCCUCCUCGAUUUAGACGUCUGAGAGAGAGAGAAGCUGCUACAAAAACAAAUGAAGUGUUGGUGCCCACAAAUGGCACAGUUAAUAAUGUGGUUCAAGAAUCAGCUAAUACUGCUGGGGAUAUUUCUGGGAAUAAGACACCAGAUUUAUCUAAUCAAAACUCUUCAGAUCAGGCAAAUGAAGAAUGGGAAACAGCUUCUGAAAGUAGUGAUUUUAAUGAGAGACGAGAAAGAGAUGAAAAAAAAAAUGCUGAUUUGAAUGCACAGGCUGUUGUAAAGGCGGGUGAGAAUGUUUCACCUCCUAAGAGAGAAAUAGCAAAGAGAAGUUUUUCCAGUCAGAGACCUGGAAUAGAUCGCCAGAAUCGACGUGGCAACAAUGGUCCCCCCAAAUCAGGACGGAAUUUCUCAGGCCCUAGGAAUGAAAGAAGAAAUGGCCCACCAUCAAAAAGUGGAAAGAGGGGGCCAUUUGAUGACCAAUCCACAGGCACAGCCAGUGUUGAACCUGUCAGUGGCAGCUCUGCACACCACCAGGAAGGAACAUCUAAUGGUACAGGACCAAAAAAUUCCAAGGAUUCUACUGGGAAAAAAAGAGAAGACACUAAACCAGGCCCUAAAAAACCCAAAGAGAAAGUAGAUGCUCUCUCACAGUUCGAUCUUAACAAUUAUGCAAGUGUUGUUAUAAUUGAUGAUCACCCUGAGGUAACAGUAGUAGAAGACCCUCAGUCAAAUCUGAAUGAUGAUGGUUUUACUGAAGUGGUAUCUAAAAAACAACAGAAACGUUUGCAGGAUGAGGAACGCCGAAAGAAGGAAGAACAAGUCAUACAGGUCUGGAACAAAAAGAAUGCAAAUGACAAAGGAAGAAGUCAGACUUCUAAGCUUCCUCCUAGAUUUGCCAAAAAACAGGCCACUGGAACCCAGCAAGUCCAGCUUCCAGUGUCAGCCCUGGCUGCAGUUCCAGCUCCAUCUUCCACCUCAGCUCCGGUUCUAGCAUCACCUGCACCUCCAGUUACAGCCUCAACUGCAACUGUCGUUGUGACAUCACCUGCAGUGCUCGUGUCAGCCCCAACCCAAGCUCCAGUACUGCCCUCCACCUCAGUUCCAGUUCCCACUUCCACAUCAACCCCGGUUUCAUCCUCUUCUGCAGCUCCAAUCACAUCCUCUUCCUCAGCUUCGGUCUCCAUCCCAGCUCCAACUCCUAUCCUUGCCUCUGUUUCAGCCCCAGCGUCCGUCCCUAUACUUACCCCAGCCUCAAUUCCUAUCCUUGCUUCAGCCUUAGUACCAGCUUCUGCUCCACCUCCAGCCACAGCAGUCUCGGCUUCAGCUGUGCCAGCUGUCUCACCCCCAGCUGCCUCAGCUUCAGGUUCAGUGGCCGCGGUCCCACUUGCCUCAGCUCCAGCCCCAGCCCCAGCCCCAGCCCCAGUCCCAGUCCCGGCCCCAACCCCAGCCCCCACUCCCAGUGCUCCAGCACAGACUCAAGCCCAGACCCACAAACCAGUUCAGAAUCCCCUACAGACUUCACAGUCUUCAAAACAGCCACCACCUUCCAUCAGGCUGCCUUCAGCUCAGGCACCUAAUGGCACAGAUUUUGUGGCCCCAGGGAAGUCCAUCCAGACUCCACAACCACACGACAGUCUGACAGCUGAACUGUGGGAUAACAAAGUGGCCCCACCAGCUGUGCUGAAUGACAUCUCUAAGAAGUUAGGUCCCAUUAGUCCACCUCAACCACCUUCAGUCAGUGCAUGGAAUAAGCCCUUAACUUCGUUUGGAUCCGCUACUUCAUCAGAGGGAACAAAGAAUGGUCAAGAGAGUGGUGUUGAAAUCGGAAUUGACACCAUUCAGUUUGGUGCUCCAGCUUCAAAUGGGAAUGAAAAUGAAGUUGUUCCAGUGCUUUCAGAAAAAUCUACUGACAAAAUUUCUGAACCUAAAGAACAACGGCAGAAACAGCCACGAGCAGGACCUAUCAAAGCCCAGAAGCUUCCAGAUUUGAGUCCAGUAGAAAACAAAGAACAUAAACCUGGGCCCAUUGGAAAGGAACGUUCCUUAAAAAAUAGAAAAGUAAAAGAUGCCCAACAGGUGGAGCCAGAAGGACAAGAGAAGCCAGCAUCCUCUGCUGUGAGAAGCACAGAUUCUGUCACAGUGAAGGAAACUAAAGCAGUUUCAGAAAUGUCUGCAGAAAUAGGAACCAUGAUCUCCGUGUCUUCUGCAGAAUAUGCCACUAAUGCAAAGGAGUCUGUAACAGACUAUACUACACCUUCUUCUUCUCUCCCUAACACUGUGGCUACUAAUAAUGCAAAGAUGGAGGAUACUUUGGUUAAUAAUGUGCCCUUGCCCAACACCCUUCCCCUCCCUAAGCGGGAGACUAUACAGCAGAGCUCCGGCCUGACCUCAGUACCUCCCACUACUUUCAGCCUCACCUUCAAGAUGGAGUCUGCACGCAAGGCCUGGGAGAAUUCUCCAAAUGUAAGAGAAAAGGGUUCUCCAGUGACUUCUGCAGCGCCCCCUAUUGCCAGUGGAGUCAGCAGCAGCGCCAGCGGACCAAGCACCGCCAAUUACAGCUCCUUCUCCAGUGCCUCUGUGCCUCAGAUUCCUGUGGCUUCAGUAACUCCUACAACAUCACUGUCAGGAGCUGGUACAUAUACUACCUCUUCUUUGAGUACGAAAUCUACAACGACAUCGGACCCUCCAAAUAUUUGUAAAGUGAAACCCCAGCAAUUACAGACAAGCAGCCUACCUUCUGCAAGUCAUUUUUCACAGUUAAGCUGUAUGCCUUCCCUUAUUGCCCAACAGCAGCAGAGUCCACAGGUUUAUGUGUCACAGUCUGCAGCAGCUCAAAUCCCAGCUUUCUACAUGGACACAAGUCAUUUGUUUAAUACCCAACAUGCACGAUUAGCUCCACCAUCCCUGGCUCAGCAACAGGGCUUCCAGCCAGGUCUCUCUCAGCCAGCAUCAGUGCAGCAGAUCCCGAUUCCUAUUUAUGCACCACUGCAAGGCCAACAUCAGGCUCAGCUAAGUUUGGGGGCUGGACCUGCUGUUUCCCAGGCUCAGGAAUUAUUCAGCUCUUCACUUCAACCAUAUAGAUCUCAGCCAGCCUUUAUGCAAAGCAGCUUAUCCCAGCCAUCUGUGGUCCUUUCUGGCACUGCUAUCCACAACUUUCCAGCCGUCCAGCACCAGGAACUUGCUAAAGCACAGUCUGGUCUUGCCUUUCAACAAACUUCAAAUACUCAGCCUAUUCCUAUAUUGUAUGAACAUCAGCUAGGACAAGCAUCAGGACUAGGAGGUUCCCAGCUGAUUGAUACACAUCUUCUCCAGGCUAGAGCAAAUCUUACCCAGGCCUCAAAUCUUUAUUCUGGACAAGUACAACAACCUGGCCAGACAAAUUUUUAUAACACUGCCCAGUCACCAAGUGCUCUCCAGCAGGUAAACUAUGGCAUGGUUACAGUACCUUUACCAGCAUCCCAGCUUUCCUUGCCUAACUUUGGAUCCACAGGGCAGCCUUUGAUUGCAUUGCCUCAGACCCUGCAGCCCCCAUUACAGCACACCCCGCCACAAGCACAGGCUCAGAGUCUGAGCCGUCCUGCACAAGUUAGCCAACCUUUCAGAGGAUUAAUUCCUGCUGGAACACAGCAUAGCAUGAUUGCAACUACAGGGAAAAUGUCGGAAAUGGAACUAAAAGCCUUUGGAAGUGGUAUUGAUAUAAAACCAGGCACACCUCCAAUUGGCGGGAGAAGCACCACCCCAACAUCUAGUCCCUUCCGGGCUACUUCAACCAGUCCAAACAGCCAGUCCAGCAAAAUGAACAGCAUUGUUUAUCAGAAGCAGUUCCAGUCCACUCCUGCCACUGUGAGAAUGACACAGCCCUUUCCUACACAGUUUGCACCCCAGAUUCUCUCUCAGCCUAACCUGGUCCCUCCAUUGGUAAGAGCCCCACAUACUAACACCUUCCCAGCGCCUGUUCAGAGGCCACCAAUGGCACUGGCCAGUCAGAUGCCUCCUCCGCUGACCACAGGCCUCAUGAGCCAUGCUCGUUUGCCACAUGUAGCCAGGGGUCCUUGUGGAUCACUAUCUGGAGUCAGAGGUAAUCAGGCCCAGGCUGCGUUGAAGGCUGAACAAGACAUGAAGGCAAAACAGAGAGCAGAGGUUCUUCAAUCCACGCAACGGUUCUUCUCUGAACAGCAACAGAGCAAACAGAUAGGAGGCAAAGCCCAAAAAGUGGACAGUGAUUCCAGUAAACCUCCUGAAACACUGACAGACCCUCCUGGUGUCUGUCAGGAAAAAGUAGAAGAGAAACCACCCCCUGCAUCCACCAUAGCCACCAAACCUGUCAGGACUGGACCAAUCAAACCUCAGGCGAUCAAAACUGAAGAAACAAAAUCUUAAAGGACAUGGUCUGUUCCAGGGCUUGAGGGUAGGGGAAGGGGAGUGUGGAGAAUGAAAUCAGAUAAUGCCAGCAGCCACGGGGCUACAAUGGUUUGUGACAUUAUCCUGUGUAGAGCUUGGGGGUGCACUAGGAACAGAUUCCACUGGCACACAGCUGCUGCACCAGUUAAUGAGGCUUUACAGGCUUGCAUGUUCUGUGUAACAAUUGCUUGGUUGAUGACCAUGCAGCUUCAGUCAGAAUUUUAUAAGCAGAUACGUGCACAUACCCCUUAAGUGCAUAUAAUUUGACUUAAAACUAUUUAUGGUUAAAUGAAACCUCAGAAAUAGGAGGUAAAUAGCACUACACAGGAAUAGCUCAGCCUAAACAGUGUAGUGGUCCCAGCUAAUACAUCAGAUACGGUUUCUUUGCUGUUUUAUGUUCUUUGGAUGUGGUUAUGGUGUCUGUAGGCUUGCAGGUGAAGAACUGCCAAUAACUGGUGCUGGAUAGAGGAGCCUUAUUUUUUUCUAUGGCAGCUUGCUAUUUUUGUAACAUGGUGAUUGGGUUGAACAAAAUCAAAGUACACUAGUAACUGAUCUCCCCUUCUUCCUGGAUGAGCGAGCAGGUGAUUAAAUAUUGAUAUCCACACCCUUGAACAUACCCGAACGAGUGCUGUUUGCCUACUGCUUCUCUUUGAAAUGAUGCAGUAUUUGGUUGUGGUCCGAAGCGCUUAAGCACUACUGCUUGGGGAAGCCUUCCUUCAUUGGAGCUCUUACCUUUCAAACAUAACAGAUUGGAUAAAAUACUAGUUAGGUUGAAUAUUGCUUGCCUUCACUCAAUCAUCUUUGUAUGAAUUUUUUUCCCCCAUUUCUUGUUUUUACCCCAGGUUUUUUAAAAACAGUUUUUAGCUGAUGUUCAUGAAGAGAGUGAGUAAACCGUGCUGUUAAUGAAAGCAAAUCCUAUCUGAGGAAGCGCAUUUCUUUACAGAGCUGUGUCAUAUCAUCCUUUGAGCCCUCUGCGGGAAGAGUAGAAUCAAGUCUGAAACAAUGCCUUUUUAAUUGUGUCCUUUAGUAUUGUAGAUGUAGGACAGUACUGUAUCAUACCUCUGUGAAUGUAAAAUAUCUCGUACCUGCUUUACCAUGCGUAGUAGUGACCGUGCUUUAUCAGAGCUGUUUUUAAUGAUGUUACUCUAGAAUGUUUUCUUUCCGGAUGAUGAUUAAGAAGCUAAUUUAAAAAAAAAAUGGUGCCAGGUACCACAACAGUAACAGAACUUUGCUGUUUUCUGGGUAUUUUUCUUUCUUUCUUUCUUUUUUUUUUUUUAAUGGAGUGUGCCGGAUGUCUAUAAUUUUGUUCAGAUGACUGCAGAACCUGGAAAAGCUGUUGCUGCUAUUGAUGCAUAACAUACUGCUAUUAUUGGUCUUUUUAUAUAAAUAUAAAUAUAUAUAUACAUAUAUAUAUAUAUAUAUAAUUUGAAUUUUUUGGAAACUUUAACUGUGCUGUCAACUUUGGAAAAAGUUAUCCCAGUUUACUGUGUUGAGUUGGCAUUGUACAGAAAUUAACAGCCAUAUUGGUCUAGAAACGUUAAACUUAAUUUUUUUCCAUUUGUACAGGGGUAACGCACUGUAUUAAAUACGUAAGGUCUUAUCUACGUGGGUUUGAUUACAGAAACUAAUAAAGUAUUCUCUAAAUAAUGA